AUGAAGAUCGUCGCAGCAACGCUUCUCGAAUCGAAGACGGAUAAAUGCUAUGCUCCAAGCUUCAUCGCCGUCAAUCUCUCUCUGGCUUUAAUCGAUGGCGCUCUCGCUUUCAUCGCAUUCCUUCAGGUGCUUCAUCUUAUGAUUGGCUCUUCAAACACUGGUUCUUUCGUUUAUUUCGUGGCUGCGAUUAUAGCAACUUGCACGAGGUGGCAUCACUGGUCCAACGCAUUCGGUUUUCUACUUAUGGCGUUUCCCAAAAUUCUGUUUCUUGCAACUUUUCUCCUGCUUCUCUCUUUCUGGGUAGAUGUUUGCCAUCAGGGAAAUGGAGAGGAGGAGGAUGAUGAUGAAGAAGAGAACAGCAUCCAGCAAGUGUUGCUUGAGAAAAGCAAGAGCAAGUCAGGUUCGUCGAGUGCGAGUGAUCGCAGAAAGUGUUGCUCUUUCCAUGGCAUUCAUGUUGGCACCCGGCAGAAGUUUGUUGUUGCGGCGGUUGUUCUUGUGUUCAUCUUAAUGAUAUCAUUUGCAAUCCUUAUAUGGAUUGCUUCCGGAAAGAGUUCUACCGAUUCUUCACUAUUGGCUGAGGUGUAUGUCGAUAUUUUUGCUGCAAUAAUCCUAAUCACGGGAGGAGGAAUAUGCUUCUAUGGCCUGCGUCUGCUCUUUAAUCUAAGGAAGGUGCGGUCUGAACAAGUUUCGUCAGAGAUGCGAAAGGUAUCGGGUUUAGCAGGCGUCUCAGUUGUUUGCUUCACCGUGAGCUCUUUAAUCGCUUUUCUCACACACAUUCCGCUCUUUUAUCAUUGGAACCCAAGCAAAUUACACGGCAUCAAGGCAUUGGUUCUGCUGAUCAUAUACUAUUUCAUAGGUUCCACCGUACCAUUGGCGUUCGUUUUAUGGGUAUUGCGGGAGUUACCACCACAAAACGUUGCGAGUAGACAAGAAGAAGCCAGCAGAAUUACUUAUGUCAACUAUGAAACUGAUGAAAGACAGCAGUGGACCUCCACCACCGUUUCGAAAAAUCAGGUUUCUAAGGCAAGUCCUAUAUGA